AUAUCUCAUCACUAGGCAACCACAGUCACACACAACACAUACACACGCACGCAGUUGUUGUGUCGCGUCGCGCUAAAACACGAAACGAAAAAUGUUGAAAUUUUUAACGCUCGCGCUCAGUAAAACAAAUUCCAAUUGGUGCUGUGUGAACAUGUGCUCAAGUGCUAAAUGCUUCAAAUAUUUCCUAUUGGAUUAUGAAGGGCGACUUAAUGGCAUUUAAAUUGUAAUGAAUAUAAUGACAUUUCGAUACAUACACACACAAACACAUUAAUCUUGAGGGGGGCAGAAUACUGAAAAACUGGUAUAUAAAAGACGACGCCAAAUGAAAAAGACAGAGCGUAAUAAAGAGAGCGAGAGAGAGAAAGAGAGAAAACACAGUACGACACCCAGCAAUUGAACGGUAAAAAAAUUUGCCAAAAUCCAAUUAACUAUUCCUCUCGUAAUGUCACAACACAACAACCCCCCGCAUCUUCAUCAUCAUCAUCAUCAAUACUACCAGCAGCAGCAACAACAACAGCAACAACAACUACAUCACCAGCAGCAGCAGCAGCAACUACAACAUAAACAAAUACAGCAACAUAGUUGGUACUCACAUGUUGCUUCCUACCCUCCCCACCAUCCGCACGCCGCAGCCUUUGCGGCGCCCUGCAAAACCAAUAACAACAACAUCAACAACAACAACAACAUUAUGAAUGCAUACGGAGCGGGAGCUGGUGGCACGCAUGCAGCAUAUUAUGGCGCUGCAGGAGGGGUGGGCUAUAACCUUGAGGGAAACACUGUGGCCUAUGCGCACAACCAGCUGCUGCAAUACCAACAACAGCAGCAGCAGCAGCAACAACAACAACAACAGCAGCAGCAGCAACAACAACAACAACAUCAUCAGCUCAGUCAACGUUCGUAUUUGCCGCACAGUUUAAUGCAUGGCUCCUAUCCCUAUAUCAAAAGCGAGCCAUUGGAGCUGCCUGAUGAUAGACAACGCCAACAACAUCAACAACAGCAACAACAACAGCAACAACAACAGCAACAGCAACAACAACAACAACACCACUUCCAGAACCCUAUGGCACCGCCGCCAGCUCCCGCCAAUCGACACAGCCUCGAUGCCAGCGGCGAAAUGAUAAUAAAAUCGGAACCCAUUGACGAACAUGCCUAUAAAUCCAACUAUAUUGAUGAUAACACGCCCUUUGCGGAUUUUAGUAAAUAUCCAGAGUUCGGUGACGACAUGUUGAGCCCCAAAGUGGAGCUUUCGAUCAAGGAUGAGGGGUAUGGGAGUCAAAAAGUUCUGAAUCCGCUCAGCUAUCCGAGACGUAAGCUGCAAUCGGAACGUUCGUCGGAAAGUCUUCCCAUUUGUCAUCGUUGCAAGGAGGUGUUUUUCAAGAAGCAAAUCUACUUGCGUCAUGUGGCCGAGAGCAGUUGCAGCAUACAGGAGUAUGACUUCAAGUGCAACAUAUGCCCCAUGUCCUUUAUAAGUACCGAGGAGUUGCAGAAACAUAAACACCUACACAGAGCAGACAAAUUCUUUUGCCACAAGUACUGUGGCAAGUACUUUGACACAAUUGCCGAAUGCGAGUCGCAUGAGUACAUGCAGCACGAGUAUGAUAGCUUUGUUUGCAACAUGUGUUCCGUUACGUUUGCCACGAGGGAACAGCUCUACGCUCAUUUGCCGCAACACAAAUUCCAGCAGCGUUACGAUUGUCCCAUUUGCCGCUUGUGGUACCAAACUGCUUUGGAGCUGCACGAGCAUCGUCUAGCUGCUCCCUAUUUUUGUGGCAAGUAUUACGCAGCCGCACACCCACAGCAGUUACAACAGCAGCCACAGCAACAGCAACAGACCAACUAUAAACUACAGGAUUGUCAUAUGGCCACCAUGGAAAUGCCGACACCGCAUCACAAGCCGAAUGCUACUGCCAGCGCAUUGCCGGCAACGGCAGCCUUAAGUUCAUUGUUGCAACAACGUCAGGCGAAUGCCGAUGGAGCCGCUUUAUUUGCCUCAACGCUGAAGAACGAGGCGAAUGUGAAGCUGGAGCGAAGCUACAGCAAUUCCACAAGCGAGUCUGGCUACAGUUUGCACGACAGCAGCUAUAACAAUGCCUAUGGCAGCGACACCUCGUUACAUACUGCUGGUGGUGCAAUUGGUGGUCCGCAGGCGCACUCCUCGACGCUGGACGAUUCGGAGGAUGCGCUGUGCUGUGUGCCGCUGUGCGGUGUCCGUAAGAGCACCAGUCCGACGCUUCAGUUCUUCACCUUUCCCAAAGACGAGAAGUACUUGCAUCAGUGGCUCCAUAACCUCAAGAUGUUCCAUAUUCCGGCAUCGAGCUAUGCGAGCUUUCGUAUCUGCAGUAUGCACUUCCCCAAGCGUUGCAUCAAUCGUUAUUCCCUGUGCUAUUGGGCGGUGCCCACCUUCAAUCUGGGCCACGACGAUGUUGCCAAUUUGUAUCAGAAUCGUGAGCUGACCAACACCUUCACCACCGGCGAGGUGGCACGUUGCAGCAUGCCCAACUGCACCAGCCAACGGGGCGAGAGCAAUCUCAAGUUCUAUAACUUUCCCAAGGAUAUUAAGAGUCUGAUCAAGUGGUGCCAGAACGCCCGACUGCCCGUCCAGGCCAAGGAGCCGCGUCACUUUUGCAGCCGCCACUUCGAGGAGCGCUGCAUUGGCAAGUUCCGGCUGAAGCCAUGGGCAGUUCCAACAUUACAUUUGGGCGCGCAAUACGGCAAGAUUCAUGACAAUCCAAAGAACUUGUAUGUGGAGGAGAAACGAUGCUGCCUUAAUUUCUGUCGUCGCAGUCGCUCCUCAGACUUUAACAUGUCGCUGUAUCGCUUUCCCCGGGAUGAGGUCCUGCUCCGACGCUGGUGUUACAACCUACGACUGGAUCCUUCUGUCUAUCGCGGCAAGAAUCACAAAAUAUGCAGCGCUCACUUUAUCAAAGAGGCUUUGGGACUUCGCAAGCUAUCACCAGGUGCUGUUCCCACGUUGCAUUUGGGCCACAACGACACGUUCAACAUAUACGAGAAUGAACUGUGGCCACCACCAACGCCCACCACGCCCACCAAUCCACAGCAGCAACAGUUGCAGCUGCAGCAGCAAAAUUUGCAGCAGUCGCAUAAUCAUAGCAGCAAAUAUCAGCGACAUUCGGCUGCAUCGACAUCCUCGUCGGCCAGCUCGGCAUCGCAUUAUGUGGACGCGGAUAUGGGUGGAUCGUAUAUGGGAGUGGGCAACUCGGGAGGAUCGUCGUCUGGACUGAAUGUGAGCGACAGCAUGGACGUGUGCUGUGUGCCCAGCUGUGAGAGUAAGCGGCACAACAAUGAGAACAUCACAUUCCAUACGAUACCAAGGAGGCCGGAACAGAUGCGCAAGUGGUGUCACAAUCUGAAGAUACCCGAGGAUAAAAUGCACAAGGGAAUGCGCAUCUGUAGUCUGCACUUUGAGCCCUAUUGCAUUGGUGGUUGCAUGCGUCCAUUUGCGGUGCCCACUCUGCAUCUGGGACACGAUGACGACGACAUCCAUCGUAAUCCGGAUGUGAUCAAGAAGCUGAAUAUCCGUGAAACCUGCUGUGUUGCUGUCUGCAAACGCAAUCGGGAUCGGGAUCAUGCCAAUCUGCAUCGCUUCCCCAGCAACGUCGCUCUGCUGACCAAGUGGUGCGCCAAUCUGCAGCGUCCCGUUCCAGAUGGCACAAAGCUCUUCAACGAUGCCAUUUGUGAGGUGCACUUUGAGGAUCGUUGUCUGCGCAACAAGCGACUGGAGAAGUGGGCGGUGCCAACUCUAAUCCUGGGCCAUGACAAUAUUGCCUAUCCUCUGCCCACGGCGGAGCAGGUGGCCGAGUUCUAUUCCCGACCCAGUGCACCCAACAAUGGCGACGAGCAGGGCGAGUGCUGUGUGGUGACUUGUAAGCGUAAUCCCAGCGUGGACGACAUUAAGCUCUAUCGUCCGCCUGAAGAGUCGCAAGUGCUCGCCAAAUGGGCACAUAAUCUGGAGCUGGAUGUCGCCCAGUUGCCGAACAUGCGGAUCUGUAAUCUGCACUUUGAAUCCCACUGCAUUGGCAAGCGGAUGCGACCCUGGGCCAUACCCACUCUUAAUCUGUCCACCAAUAUUGAGAAUCUCUUCGAGAAUCCAGAGCGUCAGAUGCUGUACAAGCGUCGCACACAUCUCAACUCCAAUCCCAAUCGAGGAGCUGCCUCCCAUGGUGCUGGCAUCGUGAAACCGACGUGGGUGCCACGUUGUUGUCUGUCACAUUGUCGCAAGGUGCGCGCCUUGCACAAUGUGCAACUGUAUCGCUUCCCCAAGCUCAAUCGAUCUACGCUCGCCAAGUGGGCGCACAAUCUGCAGGUGCCGAUGGUGGGCAGCGCCCAGAGACGCCUCUGCUCCGCCCACUUUGAGCCCCAUGUGCUGAGCAAGAAGUGCCCGGUGGCGCUGGCGGUGCCCACACUGGAUCUAAAUUCCCCGCCUGGCUACAAGAUCUAUCAGAAUCCUGCCAAGCUGAAGGCCAAUAAGCUCUGCCUGCAGCGGGUCUGCAUUGUCGAGAGCUGCAGACGACAACGUGGUCAGGGGGUUCAGCUCUUCCGGCUGCCCAACAAUCCCACACAGCUGCGGAAAUGGAUGCACAACAUACGGAUGCGGCCGAGAGGCGCCAUGAGGCAACAGUAUCGCAUGUGCUCCAUUCAUUUUGAGACGCACUCGUUCAAUGGAAAGCGUUUGAGUGCUGGGGCGAUACCAACGCUGGAGCUGGGACAUCAGGAUGAGGAUAUCUAUCCGAAUGAGGCGCAAUCCUUUGUCGAGGAGCACUGCACUGUCGAGGGCUGCGAUGCGUCCAAGGAGCAGCCGGAUGUGCGUCUAUUCCGAUUUCCCACCGAGGACGAGGAUCUGCUCUGGAAAUGGUGCAACAAUCUCAAGAUGAAUCCCGUUGACUGCGUCGGCGUUCGCAUCUGCAACAAGCAUUUCGAGACGGACUGCAUCGGACCCAAGCAUCUCUACAAAUGGGCGAUCCCCACUCUAGAUCUGGGCCACGAUGAUGCCCAGAUUGAGCUCAUACACAAUCCCAAGCCGGAAGAUCGAUACGUUGAUCCAGUGUUCAAGUGCUGUGUUCCUACGUGCGGCAAGACGCGCAAGUUCGAUGAGGUGCAGAUGAAUAGUUUCCCCAAGGAUCCAACACUCUUCCAACGCUGGCGACACAAUCUCCGACUCGAUCAUCUCAGCUUUAAGGAGCGCGAACGCUACAAGAUCUGCAACGUCCACUUUGAGGACAUUUGCAUUGGGAAGACUCGACUCAACAUUGGCUCCGUUCCCACUAUGGAGCUGGGGCACGACGAGACUGAAGAUCUCUUCCAGGUGAAUCCGGCGGAACUGCAAAGCAAUCUAUUCGGACGUCAGCGACGUGUUCAUGGAUUCAUCAAGCAGGAGGAGCCUGAGGAACAGGAGGAGCACUCGGAGCUAGAUGAGGACAUUAAGCCGGACAUUAGCAUGUCAGAGGCGACAGACUUCAAUACAUCGCAGGUUAAAAUAAAGAAAUCCCUGGCAGAUGUCAAGUGCUGCGUGCCGAGCUGUGGACGCAGUCGCUUGGAGCACGGAGCACGCCUAUUCCCCUUUCCAAGUGGAAAACAACAACAGAGUAAGUGGCGCCACAAUCUCCAAUUGUCGUCCGCCGAAGUGGACAGAACGACACGUGUGUGCAGCGCCCACUUCAAUCGUCGGUGCAUCGAUGGGAAGCAGCUGCGGGGUUGGGCAAUGCCCACACAGCAGUUGGGACACCAGGAGCAACCGAUCUAUGAGAAUCCAAAGAAUAUACCGGGCUUCUUUACGCCCACCUGUGCUCUGGCCCAUUGCCGGAAGCGUCGGAGCAUUGACAAUGAUCUGCGCACCUAUCGAUAUCCGCGCAGCGAGGAUCUGCUCGAGAAAUGGCGGGUCAAUCUGAGAUUGGCGCCGGAUCAGUGUCGCGGACGCAUUUGUGCCGAUCACUUUGAGCCCAUGGUGCGUGGCAAGCUAAAGCUGAAGACGGGAGCGGUUCCCACGCUGAAGCUGGGACAUCAUGAGGGCGUUGUCUUUGACAAUGAGGUCAUUAAGGCGGGUCUGCAGCAGGAGGCAGAGGCAGAGGAGGGUGAGGCAAGCAUGGAAUCGCUAGUCAAGGUCAAGCAGGAGAAGUUCGAUCCGGAGGAUGAGCCACCUGACACUGAUGAUCGUGACAGUGAGGAGGUCGACAAGGAUCCGGAUGAUCAUGGCUAUUUUGAUCCCUUGGAGCUGGUGGAAACAUUUGCGGAGCAACAAAGCGACGCCAAUGCAACAGAAGAUGACGAUGAUGAUGAUGAUGAUGAUGAUGAUGUGGACGACGCUGGCGAUGAUGAUGAGCUGCUGCUGCCGGAUACGUCGCCAGUUCGAGUGGCGUUGCCAUUGCUGCCACGCCGUGAGAAACCUGUGAACAAUGUGACGCCGAUUUGUUGCCUGAAACAUUGUCGGAAGGAACGCACGGCAAGUCAUCCGCUGAGCACUUUUGGUUUUCCCAAGGAUCAACAGCAACUGCUUAAAUGGAGCGCCAAUCUGCAGCUGUCACUCGACGAUUGCGUUGGACGCGUCUGCAUCGAGCACUUUGAAUCAGAGAUGCUGGGCACGAGGAAGCUGAAACAGAAUGCGGUGCCCACAUUGAAUCUGGGACACAGCACACCCCUUCGCUUCAAGUGCAAUGGCCAAUCCGUGGGCAUUUAUGAUGACCAGCCGCAGCAUUCGGUUUUUCGGCUUUGGAGCCUGAAACAUUGCCGCAAAAGGAAACUUCUAACGGAAGCGCCGGAACCGGAUCAAACAGCGAUUAAGCGACGCUGCUGUCUGCCCAGCUGUGGCAAGCAGCCGGAUCUCCAUGGCGUUCAGUUGCUUCGUCUGCCCAGCAAUCGCAUCCUGCUGCGCAAGUGGCUCCACAACCUGAAACUAUCACCCAUGCUGGACAACAGCCAGGCGCGUCUCUGUAGCGAACACUUUGAGACUCCGCUGGAGCACCAGUCCCUGGAGAAUUGUGUGCCCACACUGCGGUUGGGUCACGACGAUACCCACAUUUAUCGCAAUCGUGGCAGCAUCAGCGGCAUCUCGGCGGCGUCAUCGUCAUCCAGUGGCUGUAUGGUGCCCAGCUGUCCCUGUGCCCGCCUCAAUCUCUAUCGCUGCUAUGAUCUGCCCGAGAAUCGUGUGUUGCAGCAGGUCUGGCUGCAGUGGCUCCAACUGCCGAUGCCUCAGCUGGCCAGCGAUGGCAAGCUCUGUGUUAUGCACUACAUGCAGCUCUAUGAGCAGGUGCCACUGCCCCGGGAGCUGCCAGGGUCGGUGCUCCGUCAGCUGCAAGAUACAUAUGAUCUAAUCUCCAGUUCCUCCAUGGCCAUGAAGCUGCGCUGUGCCGUUCCGGGCUGUUACUCCAAGUACACGGACAACAUCAGGCUGACCAAGCUACCAAUGUGUCCGGACAUCUGUGCCAAGUGGCUGUACAACACCAAGAUCACCUAUGAACCUGCCCGUCACUAUAUCUAUCGCAUUUGCAUGCUUCACUUUGAGGCUCGCUGCCUGGGUCCAGUGCGUCCGAAGCAGUGGGCUGUGCCGACGCUGCAAUUGAAUCACAACGAUCCGCAUAUCUAUCUUAAUCCCAAGUUGGAUGGUAGCUCGCCAAGUUCCGUACACAUUCCCAUUCCCGUUCCCGUGUCUUUGACCACGUCCGUGCCCGUGGAGCUGCCAUUGCGGAUUAAAACAGAGCUGGCCUUCAGUGGCAGUCCCAGCGCCAGUGCCAGUCCGAGUCCACGUGGCAAGCUGCGUGUUUGCUGCAUUCCCAGCUGUGCCCAACAGGCCACAUUGCAGACGCGACUCUUUCGCUUUCCCAGCGCCGAGACGGCGAUGCUCAAGUGGCUGGUGAAUACGCAGCAACAGCCGAGAUUGGUUGAUGCACAGCAUCUGUUCGUCUGCCAGGAUCACUUCGAGGAGGAGGCCAUUUGCAAGAAGCAACUGCGAAGUUGGGCUGUGCCCACGUUGAAGCUCGGACACGAUGGUCAUGUCAUACCGAAUGCGAAGCACAAUGGCAACAUUGCCGACAGCCAGGAGAACAAGCAGGCACUUCAGUUCAUCUGGGAGAACUAUUGCUCCGUCUUGAGCUGCUUCCAAACCCGCAGCGAGCAACUGCGCCUCUAUGCAUAUCCCAAGGAUCGGCCCACCAUACGGAAAUGGGCAGCCAACUGCAAGCAUCGUUCCAUGCAGGCGAGCAGCGAUGGAUUCCAGGUCUGUCAAUCACACUUUGCGCCGCAUUGCUUUGACCCGGAUACGGGUGAGUUGCGAGAGGAUGCAGUGCCCACGUUGGAGCUCAGUCGUUGCAUCAAUGAGGUUCGCUGUGUGGUGCCCGGAUGUGUCAAGGAUGAGGAUGCACCGCGUCAACGCUUCUACAAGAUGCCCAAACGCAGUGCCCAUCUCAUCACUUGGUGUCACAAUCUUUGCCUGGAUGUCGCUGCCAUGGGAUGUGGUGAGCAUCAUGUGUGCGAUCGUCACUUUGAGACGCACUGCUUCAAUCAGCAGAAACUCCUACGUCCUGGAGCACGUCCCACGCUGCAUUUGGGGCAUGAUGGGCAAAUAGAUGUGAUGCCCAAUCCGGCUGACUGGGAUGCUCCUGAUGCGGUGGCUGCCACCAGUGUCUGCUGUGUGCCCAACUGUGUUAACUUCAGGCAAGAGGAGAGUCCCGUCCAGCUGCAGCUCUUUGGCUUCCCCAAACUGCGAGUGCUGGCGGAGAAGUGGCUACACAAUAUACACCUGGAGCUGGGCAAGGAGCAGCUGGCUAAGCUGAAGAUCUGUAGUGCACAUUUUGAGCCCAGUUGCCUGGAGAAUGGACGACCACAGUUGGGUGCCAUGCCCACAUUGCAGCUGGGCCACGAGGAUCACCACAAUAUUCAUCGAAGCCGAAGCGCAGAUCCAACGCCGACCAAGGUCAAGAAGUAUUGCAAUAGGAGUGGCUCCAGCCAUGACUGCUGUUAUCCACAGUGCGUAGAGCUGCAGAAGACUUAUCUGAGGAUUAGCUACGAUCUGCCACAGGGAGAGGCACUGCGUCGCAAGUGGCUGGACCACAUGGCCAUAGAGGAAGUGGAGGAGAAACCACUCAAGCUCUGUCCGCUGCACUUGAUCAUUCUCUAUGACCACAGUGACGAGCAUUUUGAGGAGCACACAAAGGAGCAGCUGCUGGACACCAAUUACGAGGAUGCCCGCAACAGUGUCCGCAUACGUGUCAUCAGUUGUGCGGUGCGUGGUUGCCGGACACUGAAACCACGAGACGGUGGACGACUACAUGGAUUGCCGCAACGUCGGGAUUUGCUUGAGAUGUGGCUGCACAACAUGCAACUGGUGUUCUACGAGCACCAGCGAUACCUCUACAAAAUAUGCAGCAAACACUUUGAGGCCAGUUGCUUCAUGGACACGACACGCCGUCUUAAGCCCUAUACAAUGCCCACUUUGGAGCUACCGGAGCGUCGGCCGGGAGAGGCGCCUGUCUAUCAGAAUCCCACUGAAGCCGAGUGGCAGCGCAUGAAUGAGCUGCUGGCAUCGGAGCAGCUGCAGCAGGAACAGCCACUCAUCCCGGAGGAUCAUGAAGAAGAAGACACAGACAUGCUGGAGCCAAUUGUCAAGAUUGAGCAUCAGCUGGACGAGGACGAGGAGGAGCAGCAGGCGGAAGAGGAAGAAGACUAUGACAACUCACAACAGCCGCUGGAAGUACUCCUCGAGGUGGGACACGUGGAGAAGUGCACCACCUAUGAGCAAAUGGAUUCAGAGGCAAAUCUUGGCUAUGUUGCCGAUCAGCAGACGCAGGUCAGCAGCUUUGGUCCAUCAGUAUCGAUGUCUACGUCCCAAUAUGGCAGUGGCACCAUUGUCAGCAAUGGAUUCAAGUACAAUGCCCGCCACUGCAGCGUGAGAGGAUGUGAUGUGACUGCCAAUGAUGUGAGUGGCAGCAUUAAGUUGCACAAGUUUCCCACAUCGCUGGAUGCGAUGCAGAAAUGGAUGCACAACACCCAGGUGGAUGUGGACACGAAUUUCGCCUGGCGUUUUCGUAUCUGCAGCUAUCACUUUAGCGAUGAAUGCUUCAAUGGAUCACGCAUUAGACGAGGUGCCAUGCCCACGUUGAGUCUCGGACCUCGUCGUCCACUAACUAUCUACGACAAUGAGUUCAACACGUCGCUGCAGCUGGAACAGGAGCAAGCCAACGAGAUGCUCAAUGAGGAGGAGCAUCUGAUCCCCGACGAGGAGCCCAGUAAGACUCACACAAAGGGCGGUGAGAUCAGUCUGCGUCUUCCUCAACCGGCGCCUCCACGCAAAUCCAGCAAAUUCUGUCAAAUCGAAGGUUGUCCCAAUCACUUGACCAGCGAGAAUCUGACCCUCCAUAAGUUCCCGCAUUCGGUGGAUAUGUGCGCCAAGUGGCAGCACAACACCCAAGUUCCCUUCGAUCCGGACUUCCGUUGGCGCUAUCGCAUCUGCAGUGCCCACUUUGAGCCCAUCUGCCUGAUGAACAUGCGCCUGGUGCAUGGCAGUGUGCCCACACUUCAUCUGGGGCCACGUGCGCCUUGCCAGCUGUUCGACAGCGACUUUGAGGCGAUUAGCAUGCGAUUGGAUAAGCAGAAGAGCAGCUCGGAGCAGCACUUGGAGCAUCGGGCACAAACGCAGCAACAGGAGGUAGAGGAUGAGGAUGAGAGUGCGCUGAAUUUUCUGGUGCCAGAGAUGCAUUUGCAUGAGGAUGCUGAUGCAGAUGGAGAUGGAGAUGCAGAGCAACCGGACAAUCCUUUGACUUACAACCACAGCUGGAAAGAUCUGCGUUUGCCCAGCAUGAAAGAGGAGAAGACAACGACGUUGACGAAUCCGGUCAAGUCGGGCUAUGACAAGUGCUCCCUAGUGCAUUGCCAGCGGCUGCGUUCUCAGCAUGGCGUCCACCUCUACAAGUUUCCACGCUCGAAGCAACUGCAACAGCGUUGGAUGCACAAUUUGAGGAUCGUAUACGAUGAGAGACGUCCGUGGAAGACGAUGAUAUGCAGCGUACACUUUGAGCCCAACUGCAUCCGACUCCGCAAGCUUCGUCCGUGGGCGGUGCCCACGCUGGAACUGGGCGACAAUGUGCCGCAAGAGAUCUACACGAACGAACAGAGCCGACAGCAGCUGGAGAUGGGCAGCGAUAACGAGGAAUUGGAAUUGGGCACGGACAUAUCCACGUCCAUGUCCGUAGAGGAUACUCAGUUGGAGGGAGCGUUCGAAGAUGACGAUGAUGAUGAUGAUGAUGAUGAUGAUGAUGAUGAUGACUUUCUGGCCACAGAGCCAUUAGUGAAAAGGGAGCGUCGUUCACGCUUUGAUCCCUUGCCGCCGGGUCAGUUGCCGCCUUGGAAAAUGAAAUUCUGCUCCUUGCCCUACUGUCGCAGUCCUCGCGGUGAUGGCAUCAAGCUCUUCCGGCUGCCCAAUAAAGUUAGUUCCAUUCGCAAAUGGGAACAGGCGACGGGCAUGCGCUUCACCGAAUCCCAACGCAAUACGAAGCUCAUCUGUAGUCGCCACUUUGAUCCGCAACUAAUCGGAGUGCGUCGCCUCAUGUACAAUGCCGUGCCGACACUUCAUCUGGGUCCAAUGAGUGCCGUUAGUCAACCCGUGGCAGCUCCUGUGGGACCACGCUGCUGUAUGCCUGACUGCCAGGAGGAUGUCAAGCUGCACAAGUUUCCAAGUGAUCCCCUAAUGCUGCAUCAGUGGUGUCACGCCCUGAAUCUCCCGGAUAUUCAGCGUUACAGCGGCAAACACAUCUGUGCCACACAUUUGCCCGCCCAAGCUCCGAGUUGCAUCGUCUGUGGCGUGGAUCAUAUCAAGUUGCCGUUGCUCGACUUCCCGGAGAAUCGCAAUCAACGCGCCAAAUGGUGUUACAAUCUCAAAAUCGAACCCAUACCCAAGUGGGAUAGCUCCAAGCAGAUAUGCAGCAAGCACUUUGAGAGCUACUGCUUUGCUCAGCCGGGUCAACUCUUGCCCGAAUCAGCUCCUACGCUGCACUUGAGGCACAACGACAGCAACAUAUUCCUCAAUGAUUGUGCCACAGACUACAGUAAAAUGCUGCGCAUUAAGGAUGAGCCCUUGGACAGCGAGGACCUGAUGCUGUAACAACAAAUAAAUACAAAUUCAAAUACAAAUACAAUAAUAAUAAUAUUAGAUAUAUACUGAGAAUAGUCAGGCUGGAGAAGCAUUGGGAAUAGCGUGUCAUCAUAUAAUAUAUAUAUUAAUG